AUGAACCCCAUGAAGCUCUUUGUUCUUCUCAUCACCCUGAUUGCUCUCGAACCAACCCAUGUGAUCGGGUUCGGUCCGAUCGAAUCUGUUGUAUUUGACAACACCACCGGCACCCCGGACACUAGGUUCAAGCAAGAAAUCGGGGGCGUCUUACACCGGCAUCAUUCUGCUUAUAUUGGUGAUGUAAAAGCCGAGUUCACUGGAAUUUUGUAUCAUGAAAGCGCACACGUUUGGCAAUGGACUGCCAAUGGUGUCACCCCGACCGGCCUCAUCACUGGCAUUGCUGAUUACAUCAGGUUGACCUCGGGAUGGCCGUCGAAAGGCUGGGUUGCGAAGGGGUCGGGCUCGAGGUGGGAUGAAGGAUAUGCUGUUACGGCGUACUUUCUGGAGUACUGUAAUGGGCUCAGAGACGGAUUCAUUGCCGACCUGAAUGCCAUGAUGAGGUAUUACUAUACUGAUGCUUUCUUCGUGCAGCUACUCGGGAAGUCUGUAUACGAAUUGUGGGACGACUACAAACUACAAUCGGCACCUGCACCGGCACUGGGUUCGGGAUGUUAA